AUGGACUUUAUUGCUGGAUCUGCAGGAGGGGCAUUUGGUGUGAUGGUUGGCUACCCUUUUGACACUGUUAAGGUGAACAUUCAAACCCAAAACAUGUACAGAGGAAUUUGGCAUUGUGUCCAGUCAACAUACAAAAACCAGGGGGUGUAUGGUUUCUACAAGGGCAUGACGAUGCCAGUCAUAGCUGUGUCCCUCAGCUUCUCUUUGGCGUUUGGCACCUACAGGAAUGUCCUGCAGUAUCUCUGUAAAUUACGGCAUGGGACACCCGAGGCCCGGCCUGCCACAUGUGAUCUCUUUCUCUCAGGUCUGACUGGAGGAGUUGCACAGGUUUUACUGGUGUCUCCAGCUGACAUGGUGAAGGUGCGUCUGCAGUGUCAGAGGGUUGCGUUUUCAAAAUUCACAGCAGAAGCCCCGAAACCAAAAUACCAUGGCCCCAUCCACUGUCUGCUGACCAUCUCCCGUGAAGAAGGAGCUCUGGGCCUCUACAAGGGAGCCCAGGCUCUGGCACUAAGAGAUGGACCCUUCUUUGCCACCUUCCUCACUAGUUAUCAUAUCAUCUGUGAACAGCUGACACCUCCAGGACUGACUGAACCAGAGUGGAAAGUGGUGCUUCUGGCAGGAGGUCUGUCAGGGAUGUGUGGCUGGUGUGUUAGCACGCCAAUGGAUCUGAUCAAAGCUCGUCUGCAAAUGGACUGGAUUGGGCAGCGGAGGUACCGAGGCUUUUUGCACUGUAUCACAGACAGCGUCCGCUCUGAGGGUCCUGGUGUCUUCUUCAGAGGUCUGAGUCUCAACUGCAUGCGAGCCGUCCCUGUCAACAUGGCAGUCCUCUCCUCGUAUGAGAUAGUGAUGCGCCUGCUCAAACAAACAAAUUAACUCAAACUCACUUUUCUCACUUUAAUGUUCAUAAUGAAAGGGGGGAACACACCAGAAUUUUGCUUUCCACAUUUGCACCUGGGAAUUCUGACAAGGAAACUUCAAAUAAUGCCGCAAAGAAGGAUUUUCAUGGAAGGCUGUGCUGAAUAAUAUAUUUACAUUAUUUUUGUAUGACACAAAUUUAUUAAGUAAGUAAAUGUGUUUUUAUAAAGAAUAUUGGAGGUGUGGAGCUGUAUGAAACUGACAAUGACAAUCUGUUAGUGAAGUGGUUCUCAGGCACCUUUAGUAGUGGUUUAAAGUGAAGUAAGACUUCAGCAAGACAUUUAUAUCACAGAAUGCCUAUGUUGAUAUGUUUGAUGGGUGUGAUAUUGUGGGAAAAAUGGGUACUCUUUCUAUUUGACCCCAGAAAUAUUAAAACAAUAUUAUCUGCAUGCAUGCAUGCAUUAGGUAACACUUAACACUGAAACCAGGUGACAAUCCCGCCAUCUGUAGGACAUGAGGGGUCACUGAAUGCUUUGAUGAGUAUGAAAUUGAUGCAAAUCA